UGGACCCCAUUGGAUCCUAUUGGACCCCAUUGGACCCCAUUGGACCCCAUUGGAUCCCAUUGGACCCCAUUGGAUCCUAUUGGACCCCAUUGGAUCCUAUUAGACCUCACUGGAUCCUAUUGGACCCCACUGGAUCCUACUGGACCCCAUUGGAUCCUACUGGACCCCAUUGGACCCUAUUGGAUCAUAACUGACCCCAUUGGAUCCCAUUGGACCCCAUUGGAUCCCAUUGGACCCCAUUGGAUCCUAUUGGACCUCACUGGAUCCUAUUGGACCCCACUGGAUCAUAACUGACCCCAUUGGAUCCUAUUGGAUCUUACUGGACCCCAUUGGACCCCACUGGAUCCUAAUAGACCCCACUGGACCCUAUUGGACCCCAUUGGAUCAUAACUGACCCCAUUGGACCCUAUUGGACCCUAUUGGAUCAUAACUGAUCCUAUUGGACCCCAUUGGACCCUAUUGGACCCUACUGGACCCCAUUGGACCCUAUUGGACCCCACUGGAUCCUAAUAGACCCCAUUGGAUCCUAAUUGGAUCAUAACUGACCCCAUUGGACCCUAUUGGACCCCAUUGGAUCCCACUGGACCCCAUUGGAUCCUAUUGGACCCCAUUGGAUCCUAAUAGGACCCCAUUGGACCCCAUUGGAUCCCAUUGGACCCCAUUGGAUCCUAGUGGACCCCACUGGAUCCUAAUAGACCCCAUUGGAUCCUAUUGGACCCCAUUGGAACCCAUUGGAUCAUAACUGACCCCACUAGAUCCUAUUAGACCCCAUUGGAUCCUAUUGGACCCCAUUGGAUCCUAUUGGACCCCAUUGGAUCAUAACUGACCCCAUUGGACCCCAUUGGAUCCCAUUGGACCCCAUUGGACCCUACUGGACCCCAUUGGAUCCUAUUGGACCCCAUUGGACCCCAAAGUUGUGGGGCGCCCCAUAGGAUCCCAUGAUGUUCACCGACCCCAUAAAACACCGCAGCGCUGCCCCACUGCUGCUGGGCUGCAUCAGUGUGCUCACAGCCCCCCGUCUCAUCUCCCCAUCGAUCCUUUGGGACCCCCCGGUCCUUUUGGUACGUUACGGUGGUUCCUUUAACAUCACGUGCCGGACUUCCUGUCCGAGCGCACCAACUUCCGCCGGAAUCGAAACUUCGUCACGUUACGAAGUGAGAACUUCCGGUUCCGCUUGGGAGCUGAUGGCGGAGUUACAGGAAGUGACGGAAUGGAGGAGCAGCGUGCAGUGCUACUUCCGGUGUGGGACCGGAAGGGAUUACGGCAAACAGGAAAUGACGGCGUACCGCCCACUGGACCCCCCUGUUGUCCCCCCCCUCCCCCCGCUCCGGUCGGGCCGACCCCACCCGGUGUCCUGCCAUGUCGGCUCCGUGUUCCCCAUCCACAACCUGACCCUGACCCUAUUCAUGGCCGACACCCCCGUCCAUACAACCGACUUCCGGGAUCGGGCCCAAUCGGAACCCGAGGACGCCAUGAUGACACAGGAAGUGACAGCGAGUUUGGAGGACCACGGCAAGAGCGUCGCCUGUCGGGCUGUGUUGGAUCUGAGGCCUCACGGGCCGCUCUAUGAGAGAGACUCUAUGGUGCAGCGCUUGGAGGUCUAUGACUUCCCAUAUCCCCCCACAUUGAGCUGGACCCCCCCAAUAACCCCAAAGAUCCCAAAUCACCUUCGCCUCGAAACGGGCCAAGAGCUGAACGUCACCUGCGCGACCCCAAAAGCUUUUCCUGCCCCAAACAUCACCCUAUGGACGGACGGGCUGACCCUAAAUGGCCGCUAUGGGGCCGACGGGAGCUAUGGGGUCACGGGGUUGUAUUGGGAUCGGCCUGGGGUGUAUAGGGUGACUUGUAGGGCGGCCGUGGGGCCGGAGGAGAAGAGAGAAGAGGUGCUGGUGCAUUGCAUGUGGAUGG